AUUUCUGUUCUAUGAAUACAAUGGUAGAAAAACUAUUUAGUAUAAUAUAAUAGAGAAAAAAAUUUAUUUUUUAUUUAUUUUGUUUAAAAUUAAAUGUUAUAUUUAUAUUAGAGAAUAUGUGUUCAUAAAAAUUGUGUACUAUAUAAUGUGAUUGUGCUGUGUAUAAACUUCAUUACUUAUAAUUACAAAUAAUGGCCACGUCAGAUAGUCUUAAAAAUCAUGUUAAAGUAGCUGAAGAAAAUAUUGUUUAUGAUGAUGGUAUAAAAGAAUAUCUUGAGCCUAGAUUUGAAUGUCCUAUUUGUUUAACUUGGCUACGUGAUCCAGUUUUAACAUCUUGUGGUCAUAAGUUUUGUUCGCAAUGUAUAUAUACUUGGCUUCAAAAAGAAGGUGCUUGUUGUCCAGUUGAUAGCAAACCUUUAAAAUCUGAAAGUGAUUUAUUUAGAGAUUUGUAUACAAGCAGAGAGAUAUCACAACAACGUACACCUUGUCCUUAUCAACAAUUUGGUUGUGAGAUUAAAGUAUCUCCAGUAGAUAUGGAAACACAUAUAAAUGAAUGUACAUAUAAAAGAACUCUUCCAGAUUCACAAAAUGUAUAUUGUCCUUUUAAGAAUGUUGGUUGUACGGAAACUUUUCCCAUUGAAGAAGAUUUGCAUGCACAUUUAGAAAAAAAUAUAAAUAUUCAUUUAACUAUGAUUCUGAAAAUAUUACCACAAGUAUCUGUUUCACAAAAUAAUAUUAAUGCAAUAGCUGCAGAAUCUAAAUUAUGGGAUCCUCCUCCAAAAAAUACAUCUUGUAUGGAAAAAAGUGAACCAUCAUUAGAAUGGCAACAAUUAUUAAAAAAUCUAUAUGAAAGAAUAGUGGUAUUGGAACAACAAAACAGAGAAUUAUCUAUAAUAGUUUCUAAUCAAAAAACUCAACUUACAACUUUACAAACUUCUUUAAGAUUUAAUCAGGAAGAAAUGUUUUUACGUAGUUGUAAUGGUGUUUAUAUUUGGAGAUUACAUUCUUUUCAUGAAAAACUUGAAAGUAUGAUGAAUGAUUCAUUAAAAAUGUUUUAUAGUCCUGGUUUUUAUACAAGUCCUAAUGGUUACAAAAUUUGUGCUAGAAUUAAUGUAUCUUCUAAAGAUCCUGAAUUUCUAUCAUUACUUUUACAUAUAAUGAAAUCAGAAAAUGAUGAUGGUCUUGAUUGGCCAUUUAAUGGGACAAUGUAUUUUGUUUUGGUUCAUCCUCUUAAUAGUGAAAGAGAUAUACGCGAAAUAACAUCAUCAAGACCUGAUCUUGAAGCUUUUAGAAAACCAAUAUGUGAAUUGAAUAAGCGUAGUUUUGGUUAUACAGAAUUCGUACGAAUACGAGAUUUACUUGAUUUCUUACAAAAUGAUUGUUUAACUUUUAGGAUAGAAGUUUGUGUUUAUGAUAAGUUUAGAGCAUCAAACAUCAUAAGUUUAGAGGACAUAUUUUGAAAAUUAAUUGUUAUGUUUAACAAAUUUCUAUGAUCUGAUCAUACAGCUUUCAUAUUGAUCAAUUGUUUUUACGAAUUUAAAUUCUUUUAUUAUUAAAAAUAUCUAGAUUUUCUGUUCUGUAUUUUAUAGGGUUUGUAUUCUGGACUUAUUGAACACUUUGGAUUUUAAAUUUUAAAUUUUAA